AUGGCGGCUUUGGCGUGCGGGGCUCCCAGCGCCCCUGUCCGGCCGUGCCCGGUGACCGGGGCUGGGAAGGCUCGGCCGGCCGGGGGUGGGUCCGGCGGCCUCGCCACGCCUCCGCCGCCCCGAGGAGCCGCGCGGGAUCGGCACGGCGGGAGCGUCCAUCGCCGGGCGGGCACGGAGCAGCAGCGUCACCGUCAUCAUCACCGCCACCACAUCGCCCCGGACCAUGCACCGAUACGGAGAGGUUUCAGCCCCUGGUCCCGAAUCCUGGUGCAGGAAUCUCCUGCCCUGCUCCCUUCAGAGCCAUCCUCUGCAGGCAAAGCCCACAGGCUGAGCACGGAGGAGAGGGAGCAGCUGCUGCCCAACCUGAGAGCUGUGGGGUGGAACGAGGUGGAAGGCAGAGAUGCCAUCUUCAAAGAGUUCCACUUCAAGGACUUCAACCGGGCCUUUGGCUUCAUGACCAGAGUGGCUCUACAGGCAGAAAAACUGGAUCACCAUCCCGAGUGGUUCAAUGUGUACAACAAGGUUCACAUCACCCUGAGCACCCACGACUGCGGGGGUUUGUCGGAGCGGGACAUCAACCUGGCCAGCUUCAUCGAGCAGGUGGCAGCUUCCCUCUCCUGACCAGGGGUCCCACUGACCAGCCAAAACCCCACUGUGCCACUGUGCCCUGCACCCAGAGCCUUUUCCCACUUCCAAGCCAGAUCCUGGAUCCAGAGAGCCCGACACCCUGCCAGCCCCCCCAGCGCAGCUCGGAUGGAUGGAGGCACUGCUCAGGGUGCAUGUAUCCAUCUCUGAUCGUGCAGGUUCCAUCCUCAAACCCUUCCUUAGCCAUGUGAUCCCACAGCCCCAGCUGCUGAGCCUCUUACCAGCAGUCAGUCAUAUCACAGAGUCACGGGAUGCUUUGGGUGGGAAGGGACCUUAAAGAUCACCCAGUGCCACCCCCUGCCAUGGCAGGGACACCUUCCACCAUCCCAGGCUGCCCCAAGCCCCAUCCAGCCUGGCCUUGGACACUGCCAGGGAUCCAGGGCAGCCACAGCUUCCCUGGGCACCUGCCCACUCUCACAGGGAAGAAUUUCUUCCCAAUAUCCCAUCUAAACCUAUUCUGUGUGAAUCCAUUUCCCCUUGUCCUGUAACUGCCUGCUCUUGUAGAAAAUCCUUCUCUGUGUUUCUUGUCAGUUCCUUCAGGCACUGGAAGGCUGCAGUGAGGUCACCCCAAAGCUUCUCUUGUCUGGGCUGAACAAUCCCAAUUCUCUCAGCUUUUCCUCACAGCAGAGGUGCUCCAUCCCCCCGAUCAUCCUGGACUCACUCCAACAGGUCCAUGUCCUUCCAGAGUCAAGUUACACCAGUAAAUCUGUCCAGAGCC